UAUCAUAUCUUUUUCGCACUAGUACAGCUAGAACUGCUUGUAUGUGUUGUUUUAUUUAUACUUUUAAAGUAUGCCUGCAACGAUAGCAAGCGUUUGCUGCACACAGGGGUGGAUUUACAUAAAAGGACACGACAUUGCUUCAACUAUAUACACGAAAUGUUACGCGCAACUAAAAGAACAGCAACGACAACUCAACGUAUUUCGUGCGGAACCGAAGUCCAAAGCAUCACAGACGGCUGAUUGGUCUAUAGAUCUUCGAGGUCUGGACUCAAUAACAAAAGAAUUAUCAACACGAGCUAAGGACAAUCUUUCCACUAUUAGCACAAUUUCAAUCAAAUUCAGCACGAGGUCGCCUUUGGAAAUUCGCAUCCGGGCUUUUCAGGCUGAUGAACAAGAGGAAUGGUAUAGAUUUCUUCUUGCGUGUGGUCUUGGAAGACUGCCCGAGGAUACGUCAAACCUUUUGCCAGGGCAGGUUCGUCAAUUAGAAGAUAUUAUUACAGAAUUGGAGACCCUGGAUAGGGUACCGCAGAAACCGACUCUAACGAUAAAAGAGGAUCCCAUUUACGUCACGAUGCGGUCGCCAUCCAUUGAAUCCAACAACGUGUGGCCUGCUGUGCAAUCGCCCUUGAAAUCUCCCAUACACGCUGAGGCUUCUACAAUUGCACAGGUAAAAGAUUGGAAGCCGGCACCAAGGAGACGUGUUUCAGAAAGCAACGUUCCUUCGAAAAAUCUAUCGUUUCAACCCCAAAGUUUGAGGCCGGUUGCUGAACGAAGGGCGAGCCACGACCAUAUGGAACCAACGUUUCAAAGCCCUAAAGGAGCAAGCUGGUUUAUUUCUCGACCACUUGGACGUCAAGAUGCACAAGAAGUAUUGGAGCUUAACAAAGAGUAUGGGAACAUGUUAGUAAGACGACGAACGAAUGGGAUGAGUGAUAUUUGGACGCAUGCAGUUUCCAUUAAGUCCCCAGACCGUGGAAAGCAGCUCAAUUGGUCUCCAGGAAAUAUACUCUCUACCGAAGAGUUUCUGCAUUUCAAAGUUCGAAUGGAACUUUUACCAGAAGGUGAACGUUUCAUCAUCAACCUUUCGAACAAUCAAAAACAUCCCGAACUUAAGUCGUGGGCAAGCGUCAUUGCUUACUUUGAAUCUGCAUCACUUGGAAAAUAUAUUGCUCUUAAGAAAAUCAAAAAGAUGCCAGAGCGUCAAUACGUGGAUUUUAUCGCAACCCGACCAGCAGUUUUUCCACGAAGCAACAGAAGUCUAACAGAAUCCGCCUCCACAUUACAACGAGAACCAAACCCGCUCAGCGAAGCGAGAAGUCGCACCAACGAUGGAAUAGUUAGAGUCGAUACUUGUUUCAAUUUUCCCACCACGAGCACGAACAUUCAGCCGAGAAAUCAUGCAAUGGUUAGAGGAGUAACUUGCCCCACUUUAUCUGUUCAAACGGGCGAAGUUGGUCACUGGAAUUCGAACGAGGAAGCUGACUACGAAUCAACAUACGAAUGAACCAGUUUAAACCGGAUUAAACUUGUAUAUUGUUCAUCAACUGCUGAAACGUGCGCCAUAUUUUUCUUGGUAUAUUUGAUAUAUCAACGGUCAUAUAUAUAUAGAUGCCAUAGUUGAAUCAACUUUCUUAUUGCCAACAUUUUUGUCAAGGGGCAUACAAACGAAAAAUGAAAUUUUGUGAAUAGAUAGGCUCAGAGAUGCUCAAAUGUGAUACCACAAAAGUUUUAAAAAACGAAACAGCUUUUAAAAUAUCGCGUAAAAACUAAAAACGGUCAAAGUUGUGUGACACUUUUUCUUAUGGGAAAUCCCAGCAUGCAUUGUUGCACGGCAGAUUUUUUACUCGAACAGUUGAAUUUACGGUUUUGACAAGUUUUUCAGAAGCUGUUUUAGUGUUUGAAACUUAGGUGGUACCUUUUGAUUACAUUUAAGCAUUUCUAGCAAUACAUAAACUUUAUUUUUUCGUUUGUAUGCCCCUGUUAAGGAAUUAAAUGUUAAUAAAUAAAUGUAAAAAUCACAUAUAUGAUGAAACUCAUUCAUAUUGUUAAUUUGUUUUAUAAGACGGUUUAUUAUUUUAUAAAGACUUUUUUUGUUUAUAAAUAGUUGCAUUUCGGGUAAGGCGUACUGUUCUAUAUAUAUUUUUACAUUGUUCGCAGGUGUAUAUGCUCUUUGUAUGUUAUAUAUUUGUUACUAAAGCUCUGUAUUGUAAAUGCAUUUGAUGUGCUAGUGAGUACGUAUAUGUGUAUACCGAUCACAAAAUAUUAAUGCAAAAAAAGCACCUUUAAAGUUUUCGCAUUUUAAAUAUUUACUUGUAUUAUUGAUUUUUUCAUUCUGUGCAAUCAAAAUAAAAAAAAACAAUUAAAGCAACAUUAUAUAUAUUAUUUUCGUGGCAUAUAUUUUAGC